GUCAUAAAUUAUUGUCCAUUAAGAUAUACAGUAAGAUCCAAUAUCAAUGAAAGAGGAAAAGAAUGGAAAGGGAAGAUGUGGAGAAAAAUAGAAGUAAAUAUAUGAAGAAUCUCCAUAAUCAAUUUUAUUCUUUGCUUCCUCCGACUCAUGUCUCUCAGGAAACAAUGGAAUUGACAGAACAGAUUGAUGCAACAGUGAAGUACAUAAAAGGUUUAGAAAUGAAACUGGAGAAGAGCAAGAUGUACUUGGAACAAUUAAGGCCCAAAUCACUCAAUUCAACUAAUGGGCCUAGCCCAAGUACCGAGUCACCCCCUCAAAUCCAAGUCCAUGAAAUGGGCCCAAACAUGGUCGUGGUUUUAAUAACUAGCCUAGAUAAUAUAGCCACUUUUAAUAACAUCAUUCGAUUGUUCCAUGAGGAAGGUGUUGAAGUUGUGUUCACCCAAUUUCAACUCAAUGGAAACUCUAUGUUUCAGCUUUUUCAUGAAACUAAGAAUAAGAGGAUUUCAACAAUGGAAUUUAGCGCUACAACUCUGAAGAAUAAGCUUACGGAGUUGAUUUAUGGAUUAUCUUAUGGCAAUGAUGUGGAAUCCAAUUUAUAAUUAUAAGACUAAAUAGUUGAAUUUGAGCUAUCGUGAUUUUAUGAUGUAGAAUUGCUAUAUAGUUUACAUGUUUUAAGGUUUAAGAAAUUCCUAGCACUUUGACUUUCUUAAAACCUAUGUUGUUUUAUCAUUCAAGAUGGAAAUAAAUGAGAAGGGUUUCAGUAGUCCA